AUGGUGGGAUCAAACAUGGACGGGGAGUACGACCCUUUCGAGUUUCUUGAUGAAGAUCGGGAAGCUGACGACCUCUUCCCCACUAGUUGCCCGAACCCCUUGGAAAUACGUCAGUCAGAACGCGAUGAGGCUGCAUGCGCAGCCUUGUCAUCUCCCUCCGCCCCCGCUGAUGAACAUUUGGAUCUCGGACGUGGUAGCGUGAGCGUCGGGUCUGAUAUAUCUAAGACGGGUGAGUUGGAGGGCAAAUCUUCUCCACCUGCCAUUGCAGGAACAAUUAUGUCGGUGAAUGCGGGCUCUUUCGGACCAUUGUUCGACUUUCUGGCCGUGGUGAAGGCCAAGAUCAUUUGCGCACAGGAGACGAGGAUUGUGGAGUCACGCCUCGGUGAGUUCCAGCACCGCGCCAAGGACCUCGGCUUCCACGGUACGUGGGCACCAGCCUUGGCGACCAAUGCCAAGGGUCCGCAGGCCAACCACUGUGGGGUUGCAAUUUUGGCGCCCACGAAUGUGAUGAUCACGAAGCCUCCCGGUGGCGACCCCAUUAUUUACCCAGGCAGAGUGGUGGCCAGCUUUGUCAAUUGGGGAGUUCCUGGUGGUGUGAUUGUGGUCAGUGCAUACUUAGUGACAAGCAUCGGUCUGACGGGCGAGAAUCUUUCCAUACUGUGGGCCAUCGCGCAGAGAGUCGCGUUCUGGAACGCUGCGGGGUUCGACUGGAUCUUAGCAGGUGGCUGGAAUUCUGACAUAGCAGCUCUGAAUGCGAGGGGGUGGAUUGAGUCUUUGGCUGGGUUGUCUUACGCUCCACCGUCGGCCACGUGCUGCAAGGAUGACGGCAAUUCGAAGAUUGACUACUUCAUUGCUUGUGCAAACUUGUCGUCAAGGCUCGGGACUGCAGUGGUGGAGGGCACGUACGGCACAGUACCCCCCCCGCAUUAUCCAGUCAGCAUUGAUAUUCUGGGUGAAGAUAGGCCAGCAUGGUGUCUUGUGCCAGAUGAGCCAAGGGCGUUCCCUGUUAUUCCGCCAUGUGGGUGCGCCAGGUUCCCGUACCCGUGGGAUGCAGUGGAUCACAUUUUUCUGGAAGUGAGGGAGGUUUCGAAUCUUGCCUUGGUUUGGGACACGGUGCUUGAGGGAGUCGAUUUCGAGUUGGCUGGACGCUAUGACAAGGUCGACAAGGAUGCGAUCCCGUUCGUUGGCAGGUCAGGCCCUCCACGUUUCAAGUGGAAGCUGCUGGCAUGGGAACCUCCGCGCCGUCGUACUCAUCGCGAGCCAAAGGUCUACGCGUGGGCGACGGUCAAAAGAUGGUGUCAGCAUCUCAGGUCGGAGCGGGAUCGACUGGGCAGGUUCUGUCAAAGGUUACAGUUGGCUUCUGUGGUCUGCCAGCUUACGCCCCUGCAGUAUACCAAGGUGCUGCAGGCCUUCUACGAGGUGGACCAAUAUUGCCGUAGGACCGCCCGCGACAAAAAGACAUGCCACCACCUAGAUCAGGACACCGUCGACUUCCUGCUGCGAGGCCUGGGCAUGAUCGGUGACGCCGACUUCGACUCGGGCCUGGACAACAUCAUGCUGAAGGCCGAUGCGGUGUUGAAGGCAGCGAGAGGGGCCUCGGAGAAGGCUUGGCGUGGCUGGGCCAAGCAGGCUUUCUUAGGAGGGGCCAGUCUGGCCCAUGCUGCUUCCAAGGUGCGCGGCAAGCAGGAGCAGCUCAAUUUCGACGUGAACGCCCAGCCGUACCUGCUGGCAAACCACACCCUCGAUGUGUGGGAAGGCGCAUGGCGACUUCACGACCUGUCGCCCCCAGAGCUGCCGCCAGGCCAUGAGAGCUGGCCCGCUCUGCCUGAGCUCGACCACCAGCAAGUGCGGGCUGCCAUUCGCAAGUUUUCGACGCGUACGGCAGCUGGGCCGAGCCGUAUCUCACCCAGAUGCCUGGACGCUCUGUCGGACCAAGCGCCCGAGCGCAUCGCCAAGAUGUUUACGCUUUUCGAGCAGUGGCUGUCCUGGCCUCCUGAGCGGGCUGGCUAUCAGUGCGACCAGAUGUGGGGCACCAGAGCGGGCCACACGUCCACGGACUCGGCUUUUGAUCCUAAUAUUCAGCAGGUCUCCCCCACGGUGACCCCGAGGACGCUCAUGGACGACAUUGGGCUCCAACAUACCUCCCAGGACCCCAGGGGGGCCAAGUACCUUGCGCUGGCUGCGAAGGGUUUCAUCCAGGACUCCAAGGGUAUCGGCAUGAUCUUGAAGGCUUCCAAGUCUGGGGCUGUUGUUGGUUCUCGGAAGUUCUGGAAGGGGGUGCAGAGCCACAUGGGCUCCAUGAAGAUCCCGUACAAAGGCCACAUGAGGAACCUAGGUCACGAGCUCACGGGGCCCAAGGUUAUUCGGGGUAUGGAAAAGAAGCGUCUCAAACAGCUCAGAGAGAGAAAGGCGAGGUUUUCCAUGCUGAAGUCUGCGGUCGGCAAGGUCGCGGCGGCUUUGUGGCGCACAGGAGAGCAUUGUCCCGAGGCGAAGUUGGGCACUCAGCCGUGCGACGAUGUCAGGGCUACGAGAGGAGCGCGCGUGGCGGCACGCCAUCGGGUGGUCGCGCUGAUCUUCUUCACUAGGGUGAGCCAGAGUAUCUUGCGGAUGGCCAUUGGCUCGCUGGUGAUCCCCCUCUGUGAGGACAUGCAGUGCGGCACGGGGGCAAAGGGUUGGCUCCUGUCGGCCCACGCGGCUGGCUACUGCUCGACGCAGGUUCUCGGUGGCUAUGUGGCCGACCGGCUGGGCGGCAAGAGCGUGGUGUCGUGCGCGUUGGGUCUCUCAGGCCUCGCGGUGGCAGCGACGCCUGCCGCUGCGUCAGCCUUCGGGCUCCAGGGCAUCGCCGUCUGCCAGGCCGCCAUGGGAGUCGCGAUGGGCCCGCUUUUCCCUGCAAGCAUCCAGCUGCUCGCGCGGUGGUUACCCGCCGAAGAACGGGCGGUGGCUAGCACGGCGCUGGACUCGGGUAUUACCCUGGGCUCUCUCAUCGUGGUGCCCCUGUCUGGAGUCCUCGCUGUGAAUGCUGGCUGGAAGUCUGCGUUCACACUCUACGGACUGGGGAUGUUGACGUACGCCUUCGUUUGGGCGUGGCUGGCCGCAGACAGCCCCGCCGACUGCGCGUACUGCAGCGCUGAGGAGCUGGCCUUUCUGGGGUCGUCCCUGCCGAAGAGCAAGGGCAAGCAGAAGGAGUUGGGCGUUCCUGCAGGUCAGUGGGCCUGCCUCGACUGCUUCUCCUACGCGCGGCUGUGGGCCAUCUACGGUUCGCACUUCACAUUCAACUACGCAACUUAUUUCGUUACCAGCUGGUCUGCUACAUACUACCUCGAGUCGUUCGGCCUCCGCCCCGAACAGGCCGGGCUGCACCUCUCCAUGCCGCACGUGGCCAAUUCGCUGGUGAAGGUGCUGGUGAACCCGUCCCUGGAGCGCAAGAUGAAUGACUGCGGGGCCGACACCUUGCAAUGCCGCAGGAUGUUCAGCGUCGUCGGCUUUCUGGGGCUCGCGGUCUUCUUCGUUCUAGUGCCCACCGUCACUAGUCCGACUUGGACGACGGUGUUCUUCUCCGUGGCAUUUAGCUUUUUGGCUCUGCACCCGAGCGGCUUCAAAGCGAACUACAUGGAUGUCACGACCAGCCAUGGCGGCCUGGUCAGCGGAAUAGGGAACACCGUUGGCAGCGUGGGCUCCACCGUGGGGCCGCUAGUCGUAGCGCAGCUGCGCGACGCGACCGGUGACUGGGCCGCGGCCUUCCAGUCGGUGGCGCUGCUGAACGUGGCGUCGGCACUCCUGUUCGCGACCAUGUCCUCCGCGGCCCCGAUCGAGUCGGAUGGUGCCGAUCGAGGCGGGCGGGGCCCCUUCCUGGACGGGGCGGUCGACCCGGUUGUGACGCGCUGCGGGCAUCUUUUCUGCUGGGGCUGCCUGCACCAGUGGCUGAACGCACCGAGGCGAUCCGCCGUGCACGGCGGCCUCCUGCCGAGCACUGGCAACUCCACGUGCCCCGUCUGCAAGGCCCAGCCCCGUGCCCUUUGCGUCUAA